GCCAGUGCAUUCUGCUGUGUGCUUUCUGUGCUGGCUGGUUGUUAUAGUGAUAAACCCAGGCCCUGUGCAUCACCGCUUCUACUUAUAAGAUUUAAACAACGACCUUUCAUAUCUCAAGGGAACAGAAAGGGAGGUACCGAGGAGAAAUAUCCACUACACAGAAUCCCCGAGAGAAGUUCCACGCUGUGGGGAGAGCAGCGGGGAGCCUGGCCUGGCCAUGCCAGUUCUCAGCCUUGAUGCUGAGUCAGAAACAGGUAUCCCAAAAUCCCUUUGUGGUAGUCUUCCCAUAGAAAACAUGGAAGAAUUGGAGCAUACUUGUCCUCAGCCGCGCUUGACUGCUGCGGCACCUGCUCCGUUUGCUGAAGAAACAAGCUGCAAAUGUGAAGCCCCACAUGAGAAACUAACCAUUGCUCAGGCCCGUUUAGGAACUCCAGCUGACCGACCUGUCAGGGUGUAUGCAGAUGGAAUAUUUGAUCUCUUCCACUCAGGUCAUGCAAGAGCCCUUAUGCAAGCCAAAAACCUGUUCCCAAACAGUUACCUGCUAGUUGGAGUUUGCAGUGAUGAGCUAACUCACAAGUACAAAGGUUUCACAGUAAUGAAUGAGAUUGAGCGGUACGAGGCGCUGCGCCAUUGUCGCUAUGUGGAUGAAGUGAUCACCGAUGCCCCAUGGACGCUCACUGCAGAGUUUUUAGAGAAGCAUAAGAUUGAUUUUGUGGCUCAUGAUGACAUCCCAUAUUCAUCAGCAGGCUCUGAUGAUGUCUAUAAACACAUAAAGGAGGCAGGCAUGUUUGUACCAACACUGAGGACAGAAGGUAUCUCAACGUCCGACAUAAUCACUAGAAUCGUCCGUGAUUAUGAUGUUUAUGCCAGACGCAACCUCCAGAGAGGAUACACUGCAAAAGAGCUAAAUGUUAGUUUCAUAAACGAGAAAAAAUACAGAUUUCAAAACCAGGUGGACAAAAUGAAAGAAAAAGUGAAAAAUGUGGAAGAAAAAUCAAAAGAAUUUGUGUACAAGGUAGAGGAAAAGAGUCACGAUCUAAUACAGAAGUGGGAAGAGAAGUCAAGGGAGUUUAUUGGAAAUUUUCUGGAGUUAUUUGGCCCUGAUGGUGCCUGGAAGCAGAUGUUUCAGGAACGGAGUGGGAGGAUGCUUCAAGCACUGUCUCCAAGGCAGAGUCCUUCCAACAGUCCUACUCGGGAACGUUCUCCAUCACGCUCCCCAUCACCCCCCUUACCAUGGAUGCUCAAUAAGCCUUCUCCUCCCUUAUCCCCAAAGGGUGCAGCAUCCGCCUCUAUCAGCAGCAUGAGUGAAGGAGAUGAAGAUGAAAAGUAUCAUGUACAAGAAAUGUUUUCCAAUAAUGACAGCAGUUAAGCUUUUGCCUCCAUAGGGAACAUUGGUUUAUUGGCUACUCACAAUGGAAGGUUACAAACAGAUUUUCUAUAGCGCAAGGCUUAAUUCUGAGGAUUCAAACCAAAAGUGGCGCCUGGGAACUCACACAUAUACAAUUCUCAGACACCUAAUAAAGAUGAUGAAAAUAAUAUUUAGGAAGGUAACUUUACACUGGGGUAUGUAUUACAGUACGGUAUACUCUACAUGAAUAGGUGCUUUACCCAAUGUUAGUCAUAAAUUGCCAUGCCAAAGUGGUUUGCUAAUAACUCUGCAAUAUUGGAGUCUAAAUUACGAAGACCAAAAAUGUUAUAUAUAUACAGCAAAUAUUAUUCAGUGUAUUAUGGGCAUAUAGUUCCUGGUAUACUUGAAUCUUGCGCAUUGGAGCAAACGGUGCAGAACUAAUAGAAUUUAACAAAUAUAGGUUGUUAAAUAAAUAUGGCAUACACAGAACAAUUGGGGGCGAUUCAAUGUGAUGGCAGACACUUUGUGACCAGUAAUACCCCAGAGAAGUGCACAGGAAAAUUAGCAGUUUGGCUGUGUGAUGUAAUGGUCACUAAUGUGCUAAUCAGACAUCUUUGUGAUGUUUGCUAGCACAUUCCAUAGACAUGAAUCUCCCCGUAUGUUGUUUCUGCAUGUUCCAUCUUUUUUAUUAUCAGAAUCCAAAAAUGCAUAUAUUGUAAUUCAUUUUCAACGCUGCACUAAUUGAUACACAGCUGCUGAGUGAAGGAUUAGCUCAGUACAUGAAGAUAUAGAUAAGGCAAUUGUAUUGUGCUGCAAUAGAACUCUUAAGCCCAGUACACACUAAACGAGUCCCCGCCGCCGCCAAUAUCAGCAAGUGCAUACACACUUAGUGAUACUAGCAGGGAAGGGAGCGACAGCGGGGAAGCAGCGGGGGGAACAACGCCCAUGCUGCAUCUGAAGCAUGGCUGUCAUUAACGAGGUCCUCCCUCGUCUGUACAUAUUCAGAUGAGGGAGGGGGUCAUUAAGGAUGUGCGGGAGCGCGCAUCGUUAACGACAUUGAGUGUACACACUGGACGAGAUUGUAAAAGAUCUUGCUCAGAUUGGCCCUUCUCAGCAAGAUCUUUUACUUUCUCGUCUAGUGUGUAUGGGGCUUAAGUUAUAAUCCCAUGCCAUUUUUCUGUCAAUAUCUUCAGAUAGUGCACAAGAAAAUGGAACACCAAUAUAGAGUUAUCUUACAGAGCAUUGGGCCACUGUGUGGGCUGUACUGUCUGUAGGCUUCAUGGCAUGGUGUCUAUCAAUGUCUGGAAUUGUGCAGGAGGGAAUCAGGACAAUUCUUACACAAGAAUGAACUCACUAUCUGAAAACUGUGAUGGAAAUCACUGACCUAGCCAUAGUUCUUGAAUAUCAUAUAAAUAAUAGUGAAGAAUACAUGUGACAUAAAAGUGAUCACGUACAAACUUCAAGUAAACAAUUAGUGUUGACCUUGAGUUUUAUAUUCACACCAUGCCAGGAGGAAAUGCUCCACAACAACAAAGAACCACCAAAACCCUUCUCUUUUUGAAACAAGUACCAGAGUCUGUGGAGUUCACACUAAACUGUACAUGAUUGGCUGCAAGUACCACAGCUUGAUAUUUUAGCCACUUGAUCUAAACUAUCUGACCUGUUUUCCCUUGCACUUAAAGGAAAAGUACAGAUAUCAUGAUCCUAUGCUUCUACUCACAGUUGUGUAGCAUAUUGAGGUGAGCAGUGUGAUCAGAUUUCUGUGUCUUAAGCAUCAGCCGCUGAAAUUCAUCGCCAACUUGUCGAGGUGUACGGUGAUAACAUCAUGUCACGGACACAAGUUUGGUGCACUGCCUUUGACAACGGCAGAACGUUCGUUCAAGAUGAGCAGAGAUCUGGCUGGCAAAGCCAUAUAGUGCACCACACCCAAACCUCUUUCUGUGACAUGACCUUAUCACAGUACACCUCAACAAAUUUCAGCUGUUGAUGUGCCCUCUUUAGAUGCAGAAAUUGGCUCACACUACGCACUUCAAUGUUUGACAAUGUUUACGCCAGUCCCGCUUUCUUACAACUGAUGUUGGGACAGUAUGACUGAUAUGAGGCACAGUCUAAUAGCCGUGAGGGGAAGCAGUGGUCUACCUGUUCUAGCCUGGUGGGAAAUUAGAAUCAAAUAUAGAACAUUACACAUGUGAGAGGUCCUGUUACCUUACUUAUUGAACCACGCUUGUAUAUUCACAGUGACCAAGAUGCCUACUCUGCUUUGUGCUUUAUUUAUUAAAUGUUACCAUACGACACAUCAUAAAAAGGGUUUUCUUGAGUGUGUGCAAAGACAUGUGCAGGUCCCUAAAUCUGUGUUUUUCCCCAAGAUUUUCUAUUCUGUGUAUUGCAGGCCUGUACAAUACCAAUGGAUGGUAUCUUUCCUAAAGUACUGCAGGUUAUCUACUUGUGUGACUCUUUAAAAAUCAGGGACAUGCGUUAACAAAGAUCAUAUGUGUCACUCAUAAAGUCUUUUUACAUAUCUUUAUUGAAUGAAGCAUCAGUUCAGGAAUAUAGAAUCCAUGCAGUAGAAAAAAAAAAAAGUUGUUUCAUUGUCCUAAACAUUGCAUGUACAUAAAACAGCUUUUUUCAUCAAAUCAGAUACCUUAAAAAAAACAAAAAACACUGCAGUGGUAAUAAUAACCUCUGAUGGAGACAAUACAAUGAAAAAGGUGAGAAACCAAAAGGAACAAAAUAAUUAAUAACCAAAAUCCAUUUGUUUUGGUUCCCGGAAGAAAUAUCAGAUAGGCUUGUGUGAGAAAUCCUUAAUAUUCAUAAAAUAGCAUCGUCAUAAGAAUAAUAUCGGAUCAUCCUGAAGAAAUAAGCAAGUAUCAAACUAUAUUGUGGAAUGAAAGCAAUUACGAAUCUGGGUUUUUAUAUAAGGAGACAAUACAUCAAUAAAACUUUCCCAUGUUUCAAACAA